UGUCGGUUGGCUGGUUGAGGUUAAAUUAUCAUCGUAAUACAUUUCAUUGAAAGGCAUUAAAACCAUAAAUAUGGUGAAAGUGAUCGGUAGAGGAUAAAUGACGUGGUAUUGUGGAACUAUAUGCGUACGCGAAAAGGUUUUGCAGCAUUUAACGAAUAGUCGAGGAAUGUCGAAACAGGGAUCGAGGAAAGCUGGAAAGGCACAAAAAGUAGCGGUGAAAGAAGAAAUUAAGGGACCGAUAGGUCUAGAUAAAAAUGGCGAUGUUACUAUAAAAAUCCAAGCAAAGCCCGGAGCAAAACAUAACAAUAUAACUGAUAUUUCUGAGGAUGCAGUGGGCGUUGCAAUUUCCGCACCUCCGGUCGAAGGCGAAGCAAAUACGGAACUCGUGAAGUAUUUAGCAUCCGUAUUAGGGAUGAGAAAGUCCGACGUAUCGUUAGACAGAGGAUCCAAAAGCAGACAGAAAGUUGUGCUAGUGUCUGGUACCACGGUAGAGAAGGUUCUGGAAAAAUUGAAAGGAGAAAUGGGAACUUGAGAAUAGCUCGAUUUAUUAACGCGUUUUAAUCUUUUAUUGUCAUAUCUUAUAUAUUUAUAUGUAGAAAAAUGUUUCACUCUCGAAUGAGUCAUAUUUACUGUACAUAAAUAU